AUGCAACAACAACAACUACUACAAAUACUUCGACAACAACCACCACGACAAGUACUUCGACAACAACCACCACGACGAGUACUUCGACAACAACCACCACGACGACGAGUACUUCGACAACUGCCACCACAACGAGUACUUCGACAACAGCCACCACAACGAGUACUUCGACAACAGCCACCACAACGAGUACUUCGACAACAGCCACCACAACGAGUACUUCGACAACAACCAGCUUAA